GAGCAGAGAGCGCGGCUGAGAGUGUCGGUACCAUGCAGAGAUUUGGAACUUACAAACUUCAUGAAAAGCCACCUAACAAAGGACGUUAAUACUGGAAUCGUUUCAGAGAGGAGUGCGCUGCAAACAUGCAGAACCACAUGACUUCAUUGCUGGUGGUUCUGCUGCUCCUGUGCGGCUGCACUGCGAACCAAAGCCAAGACACUGCGCCCAUCCCUCUGUUUACCCAGUCUGUUUACAAUGCUACCAUUUAUGAGAACUCUGCUGCUAAGACCUAUGUGGAAAGUCCUGUCAAAAUGGGAAUCUACAUCACAGAUCCGACCUGGGAAAUACGGUACAAAAUUGUGUCAGGAGACAACGAGAACCUGUUCAAAGCUGAGGACUAUCAUUUGGGAGACUUUAGUUUUUUGAGAAUAAGGACCAAAGGAGGUAGCAGUGCAAUUCUUAACCGGGAGGUCAGAGACCACUAUAUUCUCACAGUCAAAGCCAUGGAAAAGAAUUCAAAUGCUGAGGCUCGAACACGAGUCAGAAUUCAGGUACUGGAUACAAAUGACCUUCGACCACUGUUCUCCCCAACUGCUUAUAGCAUAUCUUUACCUGAAAACACAGCUAUUCGCACAAGCGUAGCUAAGGUGAUGGCGACAGAUGCCGAUAUUGGUACAAAUGGAGAGUACUACUACAGCUUCAGAGAAUGGACAGACAUGUUUUCUGUCCAUCCCACAAGUGGCGUAGUUACUCUUACCGGAAAGCUGGACUACUCUGAGACAAAGCAGUACGAAUUAGAGAUUUUAGCUGUAGACCGAGGCAUGAAGCUGUAUGGUAGCAGUGGAUUUAGCAGCAUGGCAAAGUUAACGGUACGAGUGGACCAGGCCAAUGACCAUGCACCAGUCAUCACUGCUGUAACCCUAGCAGCCUCAGAAACAGACAAGGACCCUACUUAUGCUGUUGUAACUGUCGAAGACAAUGACCAAGGUGCUAAUGGUGAGAUAGCAUCUCUCAGUGUGGUUGCGGGCGACCCUCUUCAACAGUUUAAAGCCAUGCGGACAAGUCCAGGAAGUAAGGAAUAUCAAAUCAAAGCAGUUAAGCAGGUUGACUGGGAUAGUCAACCCUUUGGAUAUAACCUAACACUGCAAGCCAAAGACAAAGGAAAUCCACCCCAGUUUUCAUCCGCAAAGGUCAUCCAUGUCAUGUCUCCCCACUUUAAAGUAGGGCCCCCUAAAUUCAUUCAAGCUAUUUACAGAGUCAAUGUGAGUGAGUUCGCACCACUGCACACACCUGUUGUAAUGGUAACAGCUGUGCCAAAGUAUCCCCAACUUAAAUACGCAUUUAGACACAGAUUGGAUAAAAAUCAUUUUGCCAUUAAUCCAGAUUCAGGCUUGAUCACAACAGCUGCGCCCCUUCACGCAGACUCUGUGAACAAGUAUGAAUUAGAAGUUGUGACCAGUGACAAAAAGGCAGUCACAAAAGUAAUCAUUGAUGUGAUUGAUGUGAACAACAAUGGUCCAGAAUUCAAGCAGACAUCAUAUAAAGCUAGCCUUGAUGAAAAUAUGCCAACAGGUACAAGUGUACUAACCGUAAAAGCCACUGAUUUAGACAGUGGGGAGAAUGGAUAUGUCACUUACAGCAUUGCAAAUGUGAAUUCCCAGCCAUUUGUCAUUGACUACUUCUCUGGUGUCAUUAGUAGUUCUGAGACUCUGGAUUAUGAAUUGAUGCCAAGGAUUUAUACCUUGAAAGUGCGGGCAUCAGACUGGGGUUCCCCUUAUCGCCGUGAGGUGGAAACUCAAGUUACCAUCAUGCUUAACAACUUGAAUGACAACAAGCCACUUUUUGAGAACGUGGAUUGUGAUGCAACUGUGCCAAGAGACCAUGGUGUGGGUGACCAGAUCACAACAGUGUCUGCAAUUGAUGCUGAUGAGUUGCAGUUGGUGAGGUACAGAAUUAAAGCGGGCAAUGACUUGAAUGUUUUUGAAAUGAAUCCAAGCUCAGGUGUGCUAUCUUUGAAGCAGACUUUGAGUGAGGGCGAGGCAGCAAAAGUGUCUUAUCACAGCUUGCAGAUCAUAGCCAGUGAUGGAGAACAUGAAACUCAGCCCAUGUUUUUGAACAUUACUGUCGUUACGGCACACAAACCAGUACAAGUAAAAUGUGUUGAUACAGGAGUUGCCAGCAUGCUGGCAGAAAAACUCCUGCAAGGAAGCAAGGUCCAUACGCAAAGUGAACCUGAAGACCACUUUCAAGACUUCCACUCUGUGAAUCGCGUUGCACCACAGUUUGCAGAUACUUUUCCCAGUGUGAUUGAGGUCAAAGAAGAUCUACCUGUUGGGGCUAGGAUUGUCCAUCUUAGUGCAUCAGAUUCUGACAGUGGUUUUAAUGGAAAACUGGUUUACGUUAUCUCUGGAGGUGAUGCUGAGAGUCGUUUUAUUAUUGACAUGGACAGCGGAUGGCUCAAAGUGUUUGCUCCUCUUGAUCGAGAAACAACUGAUCACUAUACAUUGAACAUUACCGUGUAUGACCUUGGAAUACCCCAAAAGUCAUCUUCACGUCUUCUUGAUGUGAAGAUACUGGAUGCUAAUGACAACAGUCCACAGUUUUUAAAGGAAACGUACUCUGUGGAAAUCAGUGAGAGCUCCACUGUUGGAACAGAGGUCAUUCAAGUUGAGGCAAAAGAUAAAGAUCUUGGGGACAAUGGUGUGGUCAGAUACUCAAUAUUGGCAGACACAGAUCAAUUUGCUAUUGAUACAGAAACUGGGAUUGUUACAGUGAAGAAACCUCUAGAUCGUGAAGUGCAACCCGUUUUUGUGCUCAAAAUUGCAGCUCGCGACCAGGCCACUGCUGAGCCUCAACUUGUUUCAACAGUGUUGCUAAAAAUCACACUAGAGGAUGUAAACGACAACCCUCCAAAAUUUAUUCCGCCCAACUAUCAUGUGAGAGUACGUGAGGAUCUACCUAUCGGUACUGUUAUAAUGUGGCUGGAGGCUCAUGACCCUGAUGUUGGGCCAUCUAGCCAGGUACGUUAUAGCCUCAUUGACAGUGGAGAUGGUAAAUUUGAAGUAGACAAAUUGAGUGGUGCGGUACGGAUCGUACAGAAUCUGGAUUACGAGAAAAAGCAGGUGUACAGUCUCACAGCAAAGGCAAAAGACAAAGGGAAACCAAUAUCUCUGUCCUCGAGUUGCCACAUUGAGGUGGAGGUUGUGGACGUGAACGAGAAUCUAUACAGGCCAUUGUUCCCAUCAUUUGUGGAUAAGGGAUUUAUCAAAGAGGAUGUGCCCAUCGGAACGUCUGUGAUGAAAAUCACAGCACAGGAUGAGGAUAAAGGAAGAGAUGGAGAGAUCCGUUAUUCCAUUCGGGAUGGAUCAGGCCUAGGGAUCUUUACUAUUGACGAAGACACUGGAGUGAUCCGCACACAGGAACUGCUGGAUCAUGAAACUGUACCUCACUACUGGCUGACGGUCUACGCCACCGACCGCGGUGUGGUCCCUCUAUCUUCCUUUGUGGAGGUCUAUAUCGAGGUCCAGGAUGUCAAUGAUAAUGCCCCACAGACCUCAGAACCGGUCUAUUAUCCGUCCGUCAUGGAGAGCUCCCCUAAAGACGUCUCAAUCAUCCAGAUCGAGGCCUUUGACCCGGACACAAAGUCCAGUGAAAAACUUUCCUACAAGAUCACCAGUGGAAACCCACAAGGCUUCUUCAGCAUCAACCAAAAGACCGGUCUGGUCACCACUACGUCUCGGAAGCUGGACAGAGAACAACAGGAUGAGCACAUUCUGGAGAUCACAGUUUCUGAUCAAGGCGUUCCUGCGAAGUCCACCACAGUCCGAGUCAUUGUGAAAGUCUUGGACGAGAACGACAACAGUCCACAGUUUAUGGAGAAGGUCUACAAAAUCAAACUUCCUGUAAGGGAGAAGCCAGAGAAAGAGCGUGCUCUUAAAAGAGAUCCCGUGUAUCGUGUCAUCGCCUCAGAUAAAGACGAAGGACCUAAUGCUGAGAUCUCCUACAGCAUCGAGGAAGGAGACGAACAGGGAAAGUUCUUCAUCGAGCCCAAAACUGGCAUGGUUUACUCCAAGAAGCUUUCCUCUGCUGUAGAUUAUGACAUCCUAACGAUUAAAGCAGUGGAUAAUGGCCGACCCCAGAAAUCGACCACCUGCCGUCUACACAUCGAAUGGAUCCCCAAGCCGGAGCCGAGCACAGUCCCCCUGGUAUUCGAUGAGCCCUUUUACACCUUUUCUGUCAUGGAGAGUGACACCGUGUCCCACAUGCUCGGGGUCAUCAGCCUGGAGCCUGUCGACACACCAGUCUGGUUUGAAAUAACAGGUGGUAAUUCUGACAGUCGAUUCGAGGUGGGGAAGGCGAGCGGGACAAUGAUUGUGGCCCAAGCGCUGGACGCAGAGCAGAAAUCCCAUUACAACCUGACGGUGAAUGCAACAGAUGGCACCAGAUCUGUCAGCACGCAGGUUCUUAUUAAAGUGAUCGACACCAACAACCAUCGUCCCCAGUUUUCUAAACCAAAGUAUGAAGUGGAUGUCUCUGAGGACACCCCACCUGAGACUGAAGUGUUACGGAUUACUGCUACAGACCAGGAUGAGAAGAACAAGCUAACAUACACCCUCCUCAGCAGCACUGACCCAUUCAGUUUACGGAAGUUCAGGCUUGAUCCCGGAACUGGGGUGUUGUACACAGCAGAGAGAUUAGACCAUGAGACCAUGCACCAGCAUACACUAACUGUCAUGGUACGAGAUCAAGAUAUCCCUGUGAAGAGGAACCUGGUGCGUGUGAUUGUAAAUGUGCAAGACACCAACGACAACGCACCUUGGUUCUCUGGUGCGCCGUAUGUGGGCCGAGUGUUUGAGUCUGCUGCCACCGGCUCUGCAGUGCUUCAGGUCUCUGCUCUUGACAAGGACAAAGGCCAGAAUGCUGAGAUCAUCUACAGCAUUGAGUCAGGAAACGUAGCCAAUUCAUUUGCCAUUGAUCCUGUCCUGGGAACCAUCACUGUGGCAAAGGAGCUGGACCGUAACAACAAGAACAGAUUUGAACUAACUGUGAAAGCCUCUGACAAAGGAACACCGCCACUUAGUGGUACAGCUGCUGUCGACAUAACAGUCACUAUUUCUGACAAUGCCAUCCCUAAAUUUGCAGAGAAGGAGUUUUCUGCUGAAGUCAGCGAAACUGUUCUGCCUGGAGCCUUCGUAAGUCUGGUCACUGCCAACAGCCAAUCAUCAGUUUUCUAUCAGAUCAAAGAUGGAAAUGUGAAUGGAGCAUUUGACAUCAACCCUAACUCUGGAGUUGUUGUUACCCAUUCAGUUCUGGAUUAUGAGACCAUUCCAUCAUACAAACUAACCAUUCAGGGAACCAACAUGGCCGGGCUGGCUAGUAACACUACUCUACUGAUUCACUUAAAGGAUGAAAAUGAUAAUGCGCCUGUUUUUAUUCAAGAUCAAUUUGCUGGAAUGGUCAGUGAGUCUUCUCCAGUCAACAGUGUAGUCCUCACCAAAGACAACACACCUCUUGUCAUCCGUGCUUUAGACACUGAUCGUGAUGCUAACUCGAGGCUUGUCUAUCAGAUUGUUGAGCCAUUUGCCCAUAAUUACUUUGCCAUUGACUCUAGCACUGGUGCAAUCAGAACCAUCAGUGAAUUGGAUUAUGAACAGAGAUCAGUGUUUCGCUUUUCAGUUCAAGUCCAUGACAUGGGAAUUCCCCGUCAUUUUGCAGAGAAGGCUGCUAAUGUGACUAUUGAGAUUCUGGACGUUAAUGAUUGCCCACCUCAGUUCAGCCAAGAUCUAUAUGAAACAACAGUCUUAGUGCCAACUUACAAAGGAGUUGAAGUGAUCACAGUCAAUGCCUCAGAUGCAGACUCGGGUCCAAAUUCAAGGCUUUUUUACUCUAUUGUUGAAGGCAAUAUUGGAGAGAAGUUUAAAAUGGACCCGGUCACAGGGGUUAUCACUAUUCAAAAUGUCACUCAGCUCAGAAGCAGGUAUGAGCUCAGAGUGAGGGUGUCUGAUGGCAGGUUUUCUAAAACAUCCUUAGUGAAAAUAAAUGUCAGAGAGAAUAAGGAGAGUACUCUUCGGUUCACCCAAGAAUCAUACAAGGCAUUCGUGCCAGAAAAUUCCUCAGAGAAGAAGACUUUAGCUGUAAUUGCGGCAGUGGGAAACCAAGUCAAUGAACCUUUGUUUUAUACCAUUCUGAAUCCUGAUAAGAGAUUUACAAUAAGCCGAACUUCAGGAGUACUCUCCUCUACAGGCACACCUUUUGAUAGAGAAGAGCAAGGUGUAUUUGAUAUUGUGGUGGAGGUGACCAGAGAUGACAAGUCACCUGAUGUAGCCCAUGUCCUCGUCACUGUGAUAAUUGAGGAUGUCAAUGACAACCCACCUGUGUUUGUCAAUUUACCUUAUCAGGCACUAGUGCAAGUUGAUGCAGAUGUGGACCACAUCAUCACCAAGGUGACAGCUGUUGAUGCUGAUAUUAAUGAAAAUGCUGAGAUCAACUACCACCUUCAGGAGUUGAAUGAGUUUGUUCAGAUCAGCACAGAUGGUGAAAUCUCACUUACAAAGAAGCUUGACAAAGACUCAGUUAACACUGAAUUUAUCAUCACAGUUGUAGCCAGAGAUGGAGGUGAACCGGCACUUUCCUCAUCUGUUGAAGUCCCAAUAUUGGUUGUAAACAAAGCUAUGCCUGUGUUUGAGAAAGCAUUCUACAGUCUGGAAAUUCCAGAGAACAUACAGCUACUAACACCUAUUGUACACAUCCAGGCUAAUGACUCCGAAGGGCCUAGAAUUGUUUACACGAUCACAGAAGGGGACCCUCUCAAUCAGUUCACUAUCAACUUCAAUACUGGUGUGAUCCAGGUUGUAAAAACUUUGGAUUUUGAGACCCACCCAGCCUAUAAACUUAGUGUGAGGGCCACUGACUCGCUAACUGGUGCCAAAGCUGAAGUGUUUGUUGACAUAAUCUUGGAAGAUGUUAAUGACAACCCACCUGUGUUCCAUACCAAACUGUACAAUGCAAGUCUUUCGGAAGCAUCAGUGAUAGGGACAUCCGUAUUAGAAGUCUCAGCGACAGAUGCUGACACUGGUAACAACAAAGUGCUCUUUUACCAGAUUGUUGAAGAUAAAGAUAAGAGCUUUGAUUACUUUAGCAUCGACCGUGACACAGGCACAAUCUGGACAACUCGGAUGCUUGACCAUGAAGAAAAACCUUCACAUAGGCUGUUAAUUAGAGCAGUGGAUGGUGGUGUGCCUGCUCUUUCAAGUGAAGUUAUGGUGUUAAUUGAUGUAAUGGACCUUAACGACAACACUCCAGUGUUCUCCCAGAAUGUCUAUGAAGCUACAGUGAGUGAACUAGCACCCCGUGGCCACUUUGUCACCCAAGUACAGGCUUCCGAUGCUGACAUCUCUGAUAGUGGAAAACUUGAAUUUUCAAUUUUGUCUGGAAAUGAAGGACAAAACUUUGCAAUGGAUCCAAACACUGGGGCUUUAGUCAUAUCAAAUCAUCGUAAACCUCAUAUGGAAUCUCUCUACAAUAUCAAUGUGUCUGUAUCAGAUGGUGUAUUUAGAAGUUCAGCCAUCGUGAAAGUCAAUGUUAUAAGUGCCAACUUCCACAAUCCUACCUUCAACCAGGUGGAUUAUGUGGUCGAGCUUCUUGAAAACUCACCUGUUGGAACACUGGUGGCUGAAGCCCAAGCGACAGAUGAUGACUCAGGAACAUAUGGAAGACUUACCUACCAUAUAGUCAAUGACAUUGCUAAAGACAAGUUUUCAAUCUCUGAGAAUGGAGAGAUUUUUACUUUGGAAAGUCUUGACCGUGAGAACGCAUUGGAGAAAGUGAUUCCGAUCUCUUUGAUUGCUAAAGACGGUGGUGGCAAAGUUGGCUUCUGCACUGUGAAUGUGAUCUUAACAGAUAUUAAUGAUAAUGCCCCACAGUUCAGAGCUGCUGAUUACAGAGUUAAUGUUGCGUCUGAUGUGUCAAGAGGAACAACCAUACUUAAGAUUGCAGCAUCAGACAUGGAUGAAGGAAGUAAUGCAGAUAUCACCUAUUCUAUUGAAACUGAUGCAGACAAUGUUGAGGAGAACUUUGAAAUCCACCAGUUCAGUGGUGUCAUUGUAACAAAGGAAAGCCUCAUUGGAUUGGAGAACCAAAUGUACACAUUUCUUGUACGAGCAAAAGAUGGUGGAAAUCCCACAAAGUCUUCUGUUGUUCCUGUCUACGUCAAAAUUCUUGCUCCUGAGGUCCCAGUGCCAAAGUUCAUAGAGUCCCACUACAGAUUUGCCAUAGAAGAAGACCUUUCUCUUGGUUCAGAAAUAGAUGUUAUUCAGGCCGAAAGUGAUCAGCCAGUCUUUUAUAGCCUGGUGAAAGGGAAUACUCCUGAGAGCAACCAGGAUGAGGUAUUUGUCGUUGACCCCAGUUCAGGAUCUUUAAAGCUGGACAAGAAGCUUGACCAUGAGAGCACCAAAUGGUAUCAGCUAACUCUACAAGCCCAAAGUGAAUAUGAGGGAAGCAAAGUUGUCUCCGCUGUGGACAUUAGCAUUCAGGUCAAGGAUGUCAAUGAUAAUCGACCUCUCUUUGAGUCAAACCCUUAUGAAGCUUUUGUUGUGGAAAAUCUCCCAGGAGGCACCUCUGUUAUACAGGUAAAGGCCACAGAUCUGGACUCGGGCACUAAUGGUCAUGUGGUUUACAAUUUAGAUCCCAACCAAGAGACAAGGGACAUUGUAGAGUUGUUUGCCAUAAACAGUGAAUCCGGUUGGAUUACCACAUUAAAGGAACUUGACCGUGAGACGAGAAAUAAAUACACAGUUUCAGUUUUGGCUACCGACCGUGGAGACAAAGUUCAGCUGAUGGCUAGUACCAGGGUGGAUGUCACAGUGGUAGAUGUGAAUGACAACCCACCGAAGUUCACAGCAGAGAUCUACAAGGGCACAGUAAGCGAAGAUGACCCACCUGGUGGAGUCAUUGCUAUUCUUAGCACUACAGACCUGGACACAGAGGAGAAUAACAAGCAAAUCAGCUACUUCAUUACAGGUGGAGACCCCUUGGGACAGUUUGCCAUUGAGCAUACUCAAGGCGAGUGGAAGGUUUCAGUGCGGAAACCACUCGAUAGGGAGGAGAAGGACAAUUACUUGCUGAACAUUACAGCCACUGAUGGGACCUUCACAGCCAAGGCCGUGGUUGAAGUCAAGGUCUUGGAUGCCAAUGACAACAGCCCAAUUUGUGAGAAGUCAUUUUAUAUGGAAAGCGUCCCUGAGGAUUCCCCUGCCGGCAGGCUCAUACUGCAAGUCUCCGCCACAGAUGCUGACAUCCGUUCCAACGCUCAGAUCUCCUACGAGCUGCUGGGGCCUGGAUCAGAGCACUUUAGCAUCGACUCAGAGACAGGUGAAUUGAAAACACUGCUUCCUCUGGAUCGUGAGGAAGAGGAGGUGCACAAGAUGAAGGUGCGUGCUCUGGACGGAGGCGGACGCUUUUGUGAAGCAGAAGUUGAAAUCACAGUCGAAGAUGUAAACGACAACCCUCCGCAGUUUACCACUGACCCCUACACCUUCACUGUAUUCGAGAACACUGAGAUAAACACACCAGUGGCUCGCCUGUACGCCUCUGACCUGGACACAGGUGCUAAUGCAGAGAUCCUGUACUCUCUGUUGGACUCUGCUGAUGGUGUGUUCUCCAUCGAGGAGGAGACGGGUGUUGUGCGACUGGAUCGUCCUCUGGACAGGGAGCUUCAGUCGCUUUACACUCUUCGAGCCCAAGCCACAGACCGUGGGUCACCACGGCACCUUUCGUCCCACACCACUGUCAGUGUCUCCAUCUUAGACAUCAACGACAAUCCUCCAGUGUUCGAGCGUCGUGAAUACACCGCCACUGUCGCUGAAGACAUCCCUGUGGGCACUCAGGUGUUACGGAUUCAUGCUGCCAGCCGAGACACAGAAGCAGGAACAGAGAUCACAUAUGCUAUUAUUAAUGGAAAUGAGAGGGGAGCGUUCCGCGUCGACCCACAAACAGGUGGUGUGUUUGUGAUCGAGCCAUUGGAUUACGAAACGGCACAUGAAUUUUAUCUGACAGUGGAGGCAACAGAUGGAGGCACACCAUCACUCAGCGACCUGGCCACUGUGAACAUCAACCUGACCGAUGUUAACGACAACAGCCCUGUCUUCAACCAAGACAUCUACUCCGCAGUGAUCAGCGAAGACGCAGAGCUGGGAAAAACAGUGCUUACUGUCAUGGCCGACGAUGCAGAUGGUCCAUCCAGUAAUCAGGUGCGCUUCUCCAUCAUUGAUGGGAAUCAAGGCAGUCCAUUCACUAUCGACCCCGUCAGAGGAGAGGUCAAGGUGGCCCGGCUGCUCGACAGAGAGAAGACUUCAGGUUACACGCUGACCGUGUUGGCCUCUGACAAUGGAAGCCCGGCUCGAUCCAGCAGCGCUACCAUCAACGUAGAUGUCUCGGACAUCAAUGAUAAUCCACCUAUCUUCUCUCAAGCCAACUACAGCAUCAUUAUUCAGGAGAAUCAACCAAUUGGUGCCAGUGUUCUCCAGCUGACUGUGUCUGACCGCGAUGCCUCCCACAACGGUCCUCCUUUCACUUUUUCGAUCAUUAGAGGGAACGAGGGCGACUUCUUCCGCAUCACUCCUCAGGGUGUCCUGGUCUCUGCAGCAACUCUGAGCCGCCAGACACAAGAGUUUUACCUCCUACAAGCCCAGGUAACAGACAGCGGUCGACCUCCAUUGGUCUCCACUGCAUUUGUGAGUGUUCGUUUGAUCGAGGAGAGCAUCUACCCUCCCUCCAUCCUACCGCUGGACAUCUUCAUCACCACAGCCACAGACGAAUAUUCUGGUGGAGUCCUGGGUAAAAUCCACGCCACCGAUCAGGACGUUUAUGACACUCUAACUUACAGCCUCGCCCCCGACAGUUCCUCCACCUCAGAGAACUCCGGCCUCUUUUCCGUCUCCCCUGCCGAUGGCAAACUAGUAGCCCGUGGGAAUCUGGACGCCGGUCAAUACGUCCUAAACAUCACAGUGACAGAUGGCCGCUUUACUGCAGCUGCCCGUGUCAAUAUUCACGUGCGGCAGGCGACAGCACAAGCACUCGAUAACUCCAUUGCGGUUCGGUUCUCUGCAAUAGCACCCGAGGAGUUCAUCGGAGAUUACUGGCGCAACUUCCUGCGGGCUUUGAGGAAUAUCGCCGGUGUCAGACGAGGGGACGUGCAAUUGGUCAGCUUGCAACCUGCUGCCGAUGCCUCUGGUGACCUAGAAGUGCUUUUAGCUCUAGAAAGAUCAGGAAGUCCAUUCCAACCCCAGGAAGUGUUGUACAGGAAACUGAACGCCUCGGUCGGGGUGAUCGAAGAGAUGACGGGAGUGCGUAUUGUGAGAGUUAUGAAGAAACUAUGUGCUGGUUUGGACUGUCCUCUUAGUUUCUGUCAAGAGACCAUUGCUUUGGAGACUGGAGCUGUGUCGGCUUACAGCACCGCCAGGAUUAGUUUUGUUACACCACGUCACAUGCGCACAGCUAAAUGUCUCUGUGAAGGAGCUGAGUGUUCUAUCUUGAGUAAACUCUGUGAGGGAAGCCCCUGUCCUGAUGGCAUGGAGUGUGUAGAAGACCCUACACACAGCAAAUACAGAUGCAUCUGUCCUGAGGGAAAACAGGAAGAGUGCUCAGAGCGUCAGUCUUUAACAUUCAGCGGAAACGGAUAUGCCAGGUACAGGCUGAUGGAGAACGAAAAUAAGGAAGAAAUGAAGCUGUCCCUCAGACUGAGAACAUUCUCCACCCACGCCACUGUCAUGUACGCCAAAGGCACAGACUACAGCAUACUGGAGAUCGUGAACGGCCGCCUGCAGUACAAGUUUGACUGUGGUAGUGGGCCUGGUGUGGUGUCUGUGCACAGCACCCAGGUCAGCGAUGGACAGUGGCACACGGUCUCCCUUGAGGUGGACGGUAACUACGCCAGACUGGUUCUGGAUCAGGUCCACGCUGCGUCUGGCACAGCUCCAGGCACCCUCCGCACCCUCAACCUGGACACCAGCAUGUACUUCGGGGGUCACGUGCGGCCCGCGUCCGGCUCUGGCAGACUUGUGAUGAACGGUCUGCGGGGUUGCCUGGAGGGAAUUGUGUUUAAUGGGAGAGAGCUGCCACUGUCUCAGGUUCGAGGAGCUCAUUCAGUGCUGGAAGAGUUGGUGGAGGCGGCUCCCGGGUGCAGCUUGGCUCCUCCAAUCCAGGGCUGCACCAGUAACCCCUGCACCAAUGGAGGCACAUGUUUAGCACUGCCUAAUGGAGGAUAUUUCUGUAAGUGCACCGCUGCAUUCAUGGGCACUCACUGUGAAGUCACUAUCAGCCCUUGUGCCUCUAAUCCCUGUCUCUAUGGAGGCACAUGCAUCCCACGAGGAGGAGACUUUUACUGCCAGUGCAGAGGACAGUACUCUGGGCAACGGUGUCAGCUGGGGCCGUACUGCACUGAUAACCCGUGUAAGAACAGUGGCAAGUGCAUUGAUAGCCUAGAUGGCCCUGUAUGUGAGUGUGAACCGGGUUUCCAAGGAGAAAGGUGUCUCAGUGAUGUAGACGAGUGUUUGAAGAACCCUUGUGGCAAUGGCGGUCACUGCCAGAACACAUACGGCUCCUUUAGCUGUAAUUGCUCCAAUGGUUACAGCGGCCAACAUUGUGAACUUCGUUCCGAAAUCCGCAACGAAUUUGUCUCCACCUCCUGGAACAUCGGCUUGGAGGAAGUGAUCGGAAUCGUUGUCUUUGUCGCCAGCAUUUUCUUUCUCGUUCUGCUCUUCGUCGUAGUUCGCAAACGCAUUUGUCGGCGCUCAAAAUCCAAAUCUGAUGACGACGACAAGAUCGGCAUCAGCACUGGCACCCAGAACAGCUUCCUUCACCGGCCAUACUUUGACGCCAAACUCAACAGGAACAUCUACUCCGACAUCCCACCGCAGGUCCCAGUACGACCCAUUUCCUACACUCCCAGCAUUCCAAGUGACUCCCGCAACAAUCUAGACCGCAACUCGUUUGAGGGCUCAGCCAUACCAGAGCACCCAGAAUUCAGCACGUUUAACCCUGACUCGGUGCACGGGCAUCGGAAGACGGUGGCGGUCUGUAGUGUAGCACCUAAUUUACCUCCUCCUCCACCCUCCAACUCUGUUUCUGACAGUGACUCCAUACAGAAGCCCAGCUGGGACUAUGAUUAUGAUGCUAAAGUGGUGGACUUGGACUCAUGUUUAAGUAAAAAGCCGGUGGAGGACAGUGCAUGUCACCCGUACAACACCAGAGGAAGCAUGUCUGAGGUCCACUCUCUCAGCUCCUUCCAGUCUGAGUCCUGUGACGACAAUGGCUAUCAUUGGGACACAUCUGACUGGAUGCCGAGCGUUCAACUUCCUGGAAUCCAGGAAUUCCCUCAGUAUGAGGUAGUGGAGGCUCCACCCACCCUUUACAGUGACCCCGCCCUGCUGGACACGGACUACUAUCCUGGCGGAUAUGACAUUGAAAGCGACUUCCCUCCUCCGCCUGACGACUUCCCAUCCCAUGAUGACCUACCCCCUCCUCCACCUGUGCCAGAGUACGGUGAUCGCUAUGACACAUUACAGCCUGCCUCACGCGGGUUAAACAGCACCCCCUCUAGUCCUGGAGGGUCUUCAAUACGCCAUCGGCCACCAUUACCACAGCUCUACAGCCUCACCCAAUUCCUACCCCACCACCACUACUCCUCAGACCCCGAACCCCAAACCAACCCCACCAGCACCAGCACAUCAUCGUCCACUGAAGGAUACCGACACGGAGGCUUCUCGCUAGGCUACAGACGCGACUUCGAUCCCCCUGCCGCCGAUAACAUGUCGCUUUCGCUGUACACAUCCACGGCGUCCUGCUCGGACAUGUCAGCCUGCUGCGAGGAGUCAGAGGUGAUGAUGAGCGAUUACGAGAGUGGCGGAGAGGAGGGAGCACAGUUUCAGAGGCUCAUUAUACCACCGCUGGACUCACAACAUCAGCAGCAUACUGAAGUCUGACACUGGAUCCAACACUUACGUUCAAAAGUGCCUAAACCAAACCCUGCAACAGGAGACUUACUGUGUGUUUAAACCAUAAACCACAUAACGUUCAUCCUGCACCAAUCUGCCACACAAAGGAAAAGCGCGGUGACUACACGUGUGGACAAAAUUAAGUCCUAAAAUGGAUCUGCUCUGAGAAACGAGUGUCAAAAUUGCAGUAUAU